AUGAUCGUUACCGCACUAGUACCCGUUUACGACUUUCGAGAUUUAAGCUACGACCGCACGCAGAAGCCCUUCACCCUCUCAACCUUCCCAAUGCGCGUGUCGCGCCGCUGCAUCUCUCGAGCUUCCUUUCCUGCCCGGAGGCAGUGGCAGGCGCAGCUGCGCGGAUGGAGCAAGGGGGGGGACUGCGCGCAGGUGGAGGGCGUGCGCUGCAACGCAGCUGGGUUUAUCGUCUUCCUGUGCGCCCUGCACGCCUUCCCCCGCCCUCUUCCCCUCCCCGCUCUCCCUCUCCCCGCCCCCUCAUUCCCCACCUCCUCUCUCCCCGCCCCCUCUCUCCCCGCCCCCUCUGUCCCCGUCCCCUCUCCAUCUGCUUUCCCCCUUUUUUGGGCGGAAAUCUGA